UAGUGAUUAUUACAACACUCGAAAUGCACAGAACACACCAUUCACUCAAGGACCCUGCACACAGACAGAAGCUCCACACUUCUCUACUUUCUCUCUCUAAACCCCCAGAGGGAGAAGAUGUUUAAUUCGGGACCUUCAGUCCCUUGACCUAUGGUUUCUUUGUAAGCUUGAUGUAAUUAUUAUCAUGUUGUUAAUAUUUUAGUUAGAUUGUAGGGUUUUGUUAAUAUAUAAUCGGAGAAAAGAGAGUUGUUGCUUCUGUAGGUAAUUUAAUUCCGAUUUUGCUUUCAUUAGAACUUGUAGCAAGAGUGUUGUGUAGCUUUAAAAUGGAUCAAGGUUUGGAUUCAGAGGCAAGUCCUCCACCUGGGUCAAUUGACAGGUCUAGGGUUUUGGAUGUCAGGCCAUUAAGAUGUCUUGCCCCACGGUUUCCAACCCAACCCGGCAUGUCUUCAGCUUCAACCCCUCAGUCCACACCAUUUGUGUGUGUUCCACCUACCGGUCCCUUCCCAACUGGUGUCCGGCCAUUUUACCCUUUUAUGGUUCCAAAUGAUUCUCAACAGACAGCGAACUUCAGUUUUGGCAAUGAUAUACCGGCCCCUGUUCCAUUGAAUUCAUUUAGAACACCAACACCCCAAGCCAAUGGGGGCAUGGGGAGGUCUAAGAGGGCCUCCAAAGGUCAAAGGUCGGGAUCUUUAGGUGUGGAGGGCGAUAGUUACAGUGACUACCAGAGUGACCCGCAUGCGGGUGAGGUUGGUUUGAAUUCUGCUGAUUUGGAUGAUGUCAGUUAUUCUGGGAAACGCAAGGGUAGGAAGAGGAGAGUUGAUCAUGGUGAUGAACUAGAUGUUGAAUCUCUUGUUAAUAGCUUCUUGACAUCAUUCAAGCUUAUGGAAUUUGAUGAUUACAGAAGAGCUAAUGGCAACACAGAGACAGUUGAUACUAUACUGUUGGCCUAUGAUUUGUUUCGGAGAAGGCUAACCCAGCUUGAAGAAGCUAAGGAUUUUUCUUCUGGAGUUGCUAGACGACCGGACCUGAAAGCUGGU